GUCUGUGUGACAUUGGAGACGUUGGACUGAGCCCGUACGUAGUCCACCAGAUUUUAGGUAGAACAGAAAUUAGACAUCCCGGCAUUGGCUGUGUGACCUUUCUCCCAUCACAGAAGCUCCAGAGUCAGUUUUUUCAAAUCCAUUUUUCUACUUCAGCACCGUGCUGGACGGAUCUGCCAUACAGGGGGGCACAUCCUCUGGUUUCAAAGAGUUUUGUUGAAUAAGUCUAUGGAAAUCUGGCCCAACUGCUCUCUUCGUCUGUGACUUCAGAUAUAUGUUCGGUAAAGGUGCGAAGCGAAAGCUGGACGAGGAUGAAGAGGGGCUGGAAGGCAAAACGCUGGAGGCGCCGGUGGCGGGAGGGGGGCUAGGCGUCACUCCAGAAGGUCUUUCGAAGGUGUCAUACACCUUGCAGCGGCAGACCAUCUUUAACAUCUCUCUGAUGAAGCUGUACAGCCAGCGGCCGCUGGGGGAGCCCAGCCUGGAGCGCCGUGUCCUCAUCAACAACAUGCUCCGCCGCAUCCAGGAUGAACUCAAGCAAGAGGGCUCCCUGCGGCCACUUCUCCUUCCGCCCUCGCCGCCACCCGACGACCCCAUGGACGAAGGCUUCUGUGAGGCGCCGCCAUCUUUCGGCGUUCUGUCAGCGGCAACGAGCACACAGGUAUCCCAGCCUUCUGCACUGCUGAUGCCAGCGAUUGCUCCUCCGCCUUCACCCCACCCAAUGGUGCCUCCCAACUGCCAGGUAUCCCAAGCCUGCCCCGGCCGUCUGGAGGCCUGUCUCGCCCCUUUGGAGGCAUGCCUCACUCCUGCCUCUUUACUGGAGGAGGAUGGUGGAGAUUCAGCCUUUUGCGCGGUAUCUCCACCCACACCUCCGCUGUCACCACCCCCAGUGCAGCCUCCCAUUUCAGCACCUCUGAGCCAGGCGCCCCCCUCUGUCCCUGUGCCUGUCUUUUCCUCCUCUCUGAGUGACUUGGAGUUGGGUCCUCCUACAGCCAUAACAAGGACAGCAGCAGCUAAUACUACGACCAUGACUACCUCCCCAGCUCCCACACCAACCACCCAACCCCUCCCGCCUACACCCACCAGCUCACCCAGAGACUGCAGGACUACGGGUGCUAAACCAGAGGCAGCUGCCGUUUUCCUAGUGGAAGGCCGCUGUGCUGAGCUCCGGCCAAUGGACACACUCCCUGCAGUGCCCCCCGGUGGCCUGGUAGACGUUUCCUCCUCUCCUUCUUGUCCCCCGUCCUCUUCCUCGCCCUUUCUCUCAGACUUGGCGUUGGAUGAUGUCCUGUUCGCCGACAUUGACACAUCCAUGUAUGACUUUGACCCUUGCACGACAGCAGGGGGUGGGACAGCAAGCACCGGCGGCCUCGCCAAAGUGUCGCCAGUAGUGACGCCGGACGACCUACUCAAAUCGCUGGGGGCACCGUACAGCGGCCCCGCCCCCCAGGUUUCAGCCAAUCAGCCUUUCAAAAUUGAUCUGACAGAACUGGACCACAUCAUGGAGGUGUUGGUGGGCUCCUGACUCAAGGAUGCCCCCCCAUGAGAAACAGUUUAAUCAGACUGGAAUGAAAACUUGGGAUCGAUUUUUCCUGGUUGUUGUUUUUACAUUGUUUUUUUUUUUUAAAUCUCUUCAAAAGUCGGUAAUUGUAAACAUCGAUGGUGAUGUCAGUUAGUACUACUAUGACAACUACUACUACUACUACUACACAACACUGUGCAUGCACUGUCCUCGCCUUUCCAAAUAUGGAAAAGAAGUAACCGGGAAACAAACACAUAUAAUUGUAUUUCUAUACUUGUGAGGACCUCCUUUGACUUCCUUCAUUCCCGAAACCUAAUCCUCUUUGUCAUCUUUAACUUUAAUCUAAGCCUUAACCCUAAGGAGUAACUGUAAAUAGAAGCAAUGAAAUUGUCCUUGUUGUGGACAACUCUAUCUACCCUUGUGGGGACACUUACUCCUCGCAGGUAAAGAAAUACAAGCAUAAACAUGACACACACACACACUGUAAUUAUGGCUUUUAGCAGAUGAGUGCCUUUCAAAAUGACCACUUAUUCAAUUCCUGUUUUUACAGUAUUUUUUUUGUUUUAACAGCCUAGAGAGGUCACUCCUUAAUGUUUUUUGUUUAAUUUAUUGUAUUAAAACUAUCGUUAAGUAAGGUAAUUUCUCAUGAUCAAAUAGUAAUUAUUUAAUCUCUAUCUUAUUACAAAUGCUAUGUUUUAUUUGUAAAGCAAGCAUAAAAAGGAAUAUGUAGUUUUACCAGUGUGCUAGAUGACAUAUUAGCUUGGCUAUACGAUUGCAGUUUGGGAGUGGCUCUGAGACGCCUCGCCGAUGUUUUGGUAAACUCUUUUUGUACACAUCAUGUCUAUGAAUUCAGUGCAGGACCUUCAUUUUUUUUUUUUCCUUCCUUCUCCUUAUCAGCAAGCACAUAUAACUGUGCUGGAUGCUGUUUUACAUGAGUUCGGUCAUAUGAGCUGGUUAUCAUGAUUCACUUGCAGCAGAAUUCAAAUGAGCUACACCCAUGGGGGAAAGCUCGGCGUGUUUACAUUGGAAGCGACAGCAGCAGCAGCAGCACCGACUCAUGGCUCCCAGUCGGAUGUAGAUGAUGUGAAAAGUGCAGCCUAAGCAGAGGCUUAGGGCUCACUACACGCAUGUUAAAUUUAGCUGUGCAGGCCUGAAAACAAAACAGCUGUUACCCCAUUGCAGGGAAAUUCACUGUGGUACCACUGCGACUCGUGGAAUUACACAAGAAAAUGUGGGCGUUUAGCAGGACUACUUUAUUUUUUGGGUGGGGUUUGGUUCCCUCUGAUUUAGCAACACAGGUGACUGGCAAAUUGUAGCAGGACAUACAGUAUUACACACACCCUGAGUAUGUUUACUUGUGCUUAGAAUAGAAGCCCUAAAGUGCAAAAUCUCAUGGUUCUGCAGGACAAUUUUGAGAUUGCUUCAAAAAGCUCACGGGGCAGGAGGUCUAAAUCUGACUCGUAAAUAAUAAGAAUGCGGGUUUCCACUGAAGUAGGAAACCCAAACCACAGUGUUAACCUGAUACUGCAACCAUGCAAAGUGUUGUUUCAAAACACUUCCAACCCCCACCCAGCAGAGGUCACCAUGGAAUAUUUAUGGCACUAAAACACAAAACUGGCGGCUAAGUGAUUCUGAGUGACAGUUGUCUGUGGGUUCAUCACUGCAAGGUACAUAUUACAGAAUCAUCUAAUGAAAGUAUAGAAAAGGCACUAGUGAGUGCAGCUUUAAUGUUAGUCACCAUUGUAGCUGCUGUGUGCUGUAUUUUCUCAUCAUACAUAUCUUCAACAUCUGUCGAGCUAUUCAGAGAGAGAAGCAGCAUGAAAGAAGCAUUUCUGGACACUGCAAUGAUCCAGAAGGCCGGGGAAUGCCACCGGUAGCUGUUUUGAUAUGGAAGCGUUUUUCAGCAAGAUACCGUAAGAACCCCUGAACCCUUGUGUGUUUGCCAGCACAGCUUUGCGGUGGUCUCACAGUAUUGUUCGAGAACAUUGUGUUCCAGUGGAAGAUCAUCAGCUUCCCAGGGUACAUUUGACUUCAGCUAGCUUGUAAAAGAAUGGCAUUUUAAACUGAAGCAGAGUGUGAGCCGAGCACAUGGCAGCACCAACUAAUACCAUUUCUAGAUGACCGUAUCUUGUUGCUUUCACCAUAUUUAAAUUUUGGAGUGCUUGUUUUUCUUUUCUUUUUUUAAAUUGUCAAUGAAGUUAUUUAUUCGUAUGGAUUUAUUCCCCUUUUUUUGUAAAUAUAUUUAUUUUUUAUGUGAACAUUUGGAUUGUAAAUGUGUGUACAGAAUGUGUGGUAGGAAUGUACUUCAAAUAGGAAUGUAUCCGAGUGUGGAACUAUGGGGUGGAAGCCAUUUUUUUAUAUACAUAGGUAAUUAUAUUAUCUUGUUUAUGUUUGUUUUGUUGCAUUGUUAUCGUUUUUUGUUUUUUUGUUUUCUGGGGUGGCGGCCACAACUUUUUACAUCUUUUGUACUCUCUUGUUCAUCACUUUCCAGUUGAAGGCGAAGAGUUCAUGCAGCAAUACUCAAAAAGCCCAUCUCAAACCUUCGGAUGUCAAGUCUCCAAAGCCUGUCAGAUGCUCUGAUGCCAAAAGUAAUGUACAUAGUAUGAACAACAUUCAAGGUUCUGAGUCUUUUUCGAUCAGUGUUUGUCACCGAA